AUGCCAAGAGGGCGGGGAGAAGGGCCGAGGGGGUGGGGCUGGAGGCGGAGCUCAAGCUGCACGCGGGGAAGAGGGGGGAGGGAAAGGGCGGAGCCGUCCAGCCCACCAACCAGCGGCCGCGCAGAGGCCUCUGGGAAGCAGGAAGUCGGGAGCGCGCGGUCCUUAGCUCCUCCCUCCCAUCCCCAGAUCUGGGCUGCCCCGGAGCUCCGGCUCCCUCAGCUCAGAGAAUGGCUCAUUAGUUGGGGAUUUCGUGGAUCGGGGAAGGCGGGGAGAGGAGCGCCGGUCAGAGGAGAGGCCCAAAGUGGGGAGGACCCGGAGGAGGUGGUGACAUUCAAGGAUGUGGCUGUGGACUUCACCCAGGAGGAGUGGCCCCUCUUGGCCCCUCCCCAGAAGGAGCUGUACAAGGAAGUGAUGCUGGAGAAUGCCUGGAACCUGCUCUCUGUGGGGCUUGCAGUUUCCAGAGAAGAUGUGAUCUCUUAUUUUGAGCAAAGGGAAGCUCCAUGGAUGCUAGAGGAAAAACACCUGAGAAACUGCUGUUCAGAAGGAGAGAUAAGACCAGAAAUGAAGGCAAAUCCAACAGAAAUGAGCCUCUCUGUGGAAGAAACAGGCCCACAAAGAUUUGUGAGUGAUGGUCCCAGUAGCUUAACUUGGAGAGAAUAUGGUGUUGAACCUCAAAAUUCAUCCCUUAUUGAACAUCAAAGAAUGCACACUGAGGAAAAAUUUGGUCAACAUAAUCAGUGUGGAAAGACUUUUAUGCACAGGGACAGUCUUGUACACCCCAGAAUCCAGAAUGGGGAGAAACCUUAUGAAUGCAAUCAGUGUAGAAAGACAUUCGGUCAGAGCUCGAGUCUUGCUGUACAUCAGAGAAUCCACACUGGGGAGAAACCUUAUGAAUGUAAACACUGUGGAAAGACAUUCAAUCAUAGCUCUAGUCUUCCUGCACAUCAGAGAAUCCACACUGGUGAGAAACCUUAUGAAUGCAAUCAGUGUAGAAAGACAUUCAGUCAUAGCUCCAGUCUUUGUGUACAUCAGAGAAUCCACACUAGGGAAAAACCUUAUAAAUGCAAUCACUGUGGAAAGAUGUUCAGGGUGAGCUCCCAUCUUGCUGUACAUCAGAUAAUCCACACUGGGGAGAAACCUUAUGAAUGCAAUCAGUGUGGAAGGACAUUCAAUCAUAGCUCUAGUCUUCCUGCACAUCAGAGAAUCCACACUGGGGAGAAACCUUAUAAAUGCAAUCAGUGUGGAAAGACAUUCAGUCAGAGCUCCCAUCUUGCUGCACAUCAGAGAAUCCAUACUGGAGAGAAACCUUAUGAAUGUAAUCAGUGUGGAAAGACAUUCAGUCAGAGCUCCAGUCUUGCUGUACAUCAGAGAAUCCACACUGGUGAGAAACCUUAUGAAUGCAAUCAGUGUGGAAAGACAUUCAAUCGGAACUCUCGUCUUGCUGUACAUCGGCGAAUCCACACUGGGGAGAAACCUUAUGAAUGCAAUCAGUGUGGAAAGUCCUUCAGGGCAAGCUCCAAUCUUGCUGUACAUCAGAGAAUCCACACUGUGGAGAAACAUUAUGAAUGCAAUCAUUGUGGAAAGACAUUCAGGGAGAGCUCCAGUCUUGCUGUGCAUCAGAGAAUCCACACUGGGGAGAAACCUUAUGUAUGCAAUCAGUGUGGAAAGACAUUCAGUCGGAGCUCCAAUCUUGCUGCACAUCAGAGAAUCCACACCGCAGAGAAACAUUAUGAAUGCAAUAGCUGUGGAGAGACAUUCAUUCGGAGCUUCAAUCUUGUUAUACAUCAGAGAAUCCACACUGGGGAGAAACCUUAUGAAUGCAAUCAGUGUGGAAAGACAUUCAGUCGGAGCUCCAAUCUUACUGCACAUCAGAGAAUCCACACUGGGGAGAAACCUUAUAAAUGCAAUCAGUGUGGAAAGACAUUCAGUCAGAGCUCCACUUUUGCUGCACAUCAGAGAAUCCACACUGGGGAGAAACCUUAUGAAUGCAAUCAGUGUGGAAAGACAUUCAGGAUGAGCUCCACUCUUGCUUGUCAUCAGAGAAUCCACACUGGGGAGAAACCUUAUGAAUGCAAUCAGUGUGGAAAGACAUUCAGGAUGAGCUCCCAUCUUGCUGUACAUCAGAGGAUCCACACUGGGGAGAAACCUUAUGAAUGUAAUCAGUGUGGAAAGACAUUCAGUCGGAGCUCCAAUCUUGCUGCACAUCAGAAGAUCCACACUGGGGAGAAACCUUAUGAAUGCAAUCAGUGUGGAAAGGCAUUUAGUCGGAGCUCCAAUCUUGCUACUCAUCCGAGAAUUCACACUGGUGAGAAACCUUAUGAAUGCAAUUACUGUGGAGAGACAUUCAUUCAGCGUUCCAGUCUUGCUGAUCAUCAGAGAAUUCACACUGGGGAGAAACCUUAUGAAUGCAAUCAGUGUGGAAAGACAUUCAAGAAGAGCUCUAGUUUUGCUGCACAUCAGAGAAUCCAUACAGGGGAGAAACCUUACAAAUGCAAUCAGUGUGGAAAGACAUUCAGUCGGAGCUCCCGUCUUGCUGUACAUCAGAGAAUCCACACUGGGGAGAAACCUUAUGAAUGCAAUCAGUGUGGAAAGACUUUCAGGGAGAGCUCCAAUCUUGCUGUACAUCAGAGAAUCCACACUGGGGAGAAACCUUUUGAAUGUAAUCAGUGUGGAAAGACAUUUAGGGAGAGCUCCAGUCUUGUUUGUCAUCAGAGAAUCCACACUGGGGAGAAACCUUAUGAAUGCAAUCACUGUGGAAAGACAUUCAGUCAGAACUCCAGUCUUGCUGCACAUCAGAGAAUCCACACUGGGGAGAAACCUUAUGAAUGCAAUGAGUGUGGAAAGAUGUUCACUCACAGCUCCAGUCUUGCCAUACAUCAGAGAAUCCACACAGGGGAGAAACCUUAUGAAUGCAAUCACUGUGGAAAGGCAUUCAGUCGGAGCUCCCACCUUGCUUGUCAUCAGAGAAUCCACACUGGGGAGAAACCAUAUAAAUGCAAUCACUGUGGAAAGACAUUCAGUCGGAGCUCCCAUCUUGCUUGUCAUCAGAGAAUCCACACUGGGGAAAAACAUUAUAAAUGCAAUCAGUGUGGAAAGACAUUCAUUCGGAGCUCCAGUCUUGCUUAUCAUCAGAGAAUCCACACUGGGGAGAAGCCUUAUGAAUGCAAUCAGUGUGGAAAGACAUUCAGUCAGAGCUCCAAUCUUACUGCCCAUCAGAGAAUCCACACUGGGGAGAAGCCUUAUGAAUGCAAUCCGUGUGGAAAGACUUUCAGGGAGAGCUCUAGUCUUGCUGUACAUCAGAGAAUCCACACUGGGGAGAAACCUUAUCAAUGCAAUCAGUGUGGAGAGACAUUCAGGGAGAGCUCUAGUCUUGCUGUACAUCAGAGAAUCCACACUGGGGAGAAACCUUAUCAAUGCAAUCAGUGUGGAGAGACAUUCAGGGAGAGCUCUAGUCUUGCUGUACAUCAGAGAAUCCACACUGGGGAGAAACCUUAUGAAUGCAAUCAUUGUGGAAAGACAUUUAGUCAGAAUUCCAGUCUUGCUGCACAUCAGAGAAUCCACACAGGGGAGAAACCUUAUGAAUGCAAUUACUGUGGAAAGACAUUCAGUCACAACUCCAAUCUUGCUGCACAUCAGAGAAUCCAUACUGGGGAGAAACCUUAUGAAUGCAAUCUGUGUGGAAAGACGUUCAGUCACAGCUCCAGUCUUGCUUGUCAUCAGAGAAUCCACACUGGGGAGAAACCUUUUCGAUGCAAUCAGUGUGGAAAGACAUUCAGUCACAGCUCCAAUCUUACUGUACACCAGAGAAUCCACACGGGGGAGAAACCUUAUGAAUGCAAUCUGUGUGGAAAGACAUUCAGUCAGAACUCCAAUCUUGCUGCACAUCAGAGGAUCCACACGGGGAAGAAACCUCAUGAAUGCAAGGAAUGUAGAAAGACAUUCCAAGUAGGAUCUGAACUUGCUCUCCAUCAGAGAAUCCACACAGGGGAGAUCCUUUAUGAAUGUAAUCAGUGUGGAACGACAUUUAACCAGAGCUCUUGUCUUGCUGUACAUUAG